UUUACCUUUAUUGUCUCAGUCACCGGCGCUUUUAUUGUGAAAGUCUUCACCGGUUGUUUAGCGGUAACUCGUGUCCAGCUUCACGCUUGUCGGUGAGAUGGCCGUGGAGUCUCUGCUGGUUCCUGUGGAGUCGAAACGGGUUCUGUGGACAGACGGCAGGAGGCGAGACACCCCGCCGCAGCCCCCCUCCGACCUCCAUUUUUAAAAUAUUAUAACGGUUUGGUCUCAUUCUGCAGAUGAUCAUCCUGAAACCUGAAAGACUUCUGACCAUCUCACCGACACUCCUCAAGUCUGGAGACUAGGCUCUGAACAGGUGAGUGUGGCCGGGCAGCCUGGCUGCCUCUCUGCCUCCAGAUGAAUGAAGAACGCUCCGGGACCCAGAGACACAGCUGAUGCAGGGCAUGAAGGUGUUUCUGCAAAUAUGAUGAAGAAGAAGAACCCGCACAAGAAACAUAAGAGCAGUCUGGGUCCGACCACGAAGGUUCUGUCGCAGCCUCGGCGUAACAUCGUCGGCUGCAGGAUCCAACACGUGUGGAAGGAGGGAGGAGGACACGUGAUCUGGAAAGGAAGCGUGCUGGACCAGGUACCGGUGAACCCGUCUCUCUAUCUAAUCAAGUACGAUGGUUUUGACUGCGUUUAUGGUCUGGAGCUCCACAAAGACGAGAGGGUUCAGGGACUGGAGGUGCUCCCCGAUAGACUCGCUAAAUCUCGCCUCACAGAUGUGAACCUGGCGGACACCAUGAUCGGUAAAGCGGUGGAGCACAUGUUUGAGACGGAGGAGGGUCCCAAGGAGGAGUGGAGGGGGAUGGUGCUGGCUCGAGCUCCCAUCAUGACCACCUGGUUCUACAUCACCUACGAGAAAGACCCCGUUCUCUACAUGUACCAGCUGCUGGACGACUACAAAGAGGGAGACCUCCGCAUCAUGCCCGACUCCAACGACAGCGUCCCAGCAGAGAGGGAGCCCGGCGAGGUGGUGGACAGCCUGGUGGGCAAGCAGGUCGAGUACGCCAAAGAGGACGGCGGGAAGCGAACGGGGAUGGUCAUCCACCAAGUGGAGGCCAAACCCUCCGUCUACUUCAUCAAGUUCGACGACGACUUCCUCAUCUACGUCUACGACCUGGUCAAGACAUCGUAAGAGUUUCCCCCCUCUCAUGUUGCAGAGACACAAAACAUCAGAAGUAUUUCAAAACAAACGCUUGUCCCUCACAUCAUCAAAGACGAGAGAAUAAAAAAGACACUUUGAAAUAACUCAUGAACAGAAGAAGAGGAAGAAAGGAUUCAUACUUCUUGAAAAUCAUCUUUUUUUGUCGCAGGAAUAUUCAAGACGGAAGGAGACGGUUGUCAUGGAGACUUUGUAAUCUUCUUAGACAGUUUUCAGUAAAACGUCCAAAACAUUCAAGAGAACCCUAAGAGGAACGAGCAGGCGCGUACAGGCGUCCAAAGAUUUUGUUUUGACUAUAGCAAGAGAAACUAAAUCUUCAGCCUUUUUGAAAUCUGGAGUUUUUUUUGUUUGCUCCGAACAUGAGAAGAAGAAGAAAUGAAGGUUUGGAUAAAAAACAAAACAAAAAUCACCUGGAUGGAUGGAGCUUGUGUUUGCAUUGAGGACCCCUCAAUCAGGACCCUCAACAACACAUUGUAGUGUUUUGAUAGUUUCGUAAUCUGUUGUCUGAUUUAAGCAGUCAGGACCGGCAUCACGACAGUACGGAAGCCCACUGCUGCCAUAAAAAGAAGCAAAACACAGAAAAAAUAUUUUAGUUUCUAAAGCAAAUGAUGACUUUCUGAAUCAGGACUUCCAAAACAGUUUGACUUCAUUUUAGUUUACUUUCAAAUAAUUACAAAAAACCUUAAACUUUGGAGUGUUUCAAACAUUUAUACGCAAAGUACAGAAUAUUUGAAUUUCCACAACUAUGAUUUUAAUAAUUAUUUAUACUUUAUUAAUCCUGCGAGGGUAAAUUAAUUUUUUUUGGACAUGCUGUCUAACAAUUAUUCCCCAGGAAACGAUACUCACUGUUAAAACAGUAUUGUUGUUUACUCAAGAUAUCGACAUCUUGACUUAUCUAUCGUGUUAACACCUGAUGUUAACUUUUUAUUAUAAGAAAACAAAGUGAAAUGAAAGGUUUUGAUGCAUGUCCGUCUUAUACUUCCGUAGUAUUAACUUAGUAAUUUUCUUUACUAUGCAUUAGUAUCUUGACAUUUUAACUUUGGUUUAAUUUUCUCUUAAGAACAAACAAUAGUUUGGUUAAGUAGCUAAUUUAUAUGGAAAAUCUACAGAAGCCCAAAGUGGACACACAUUAGCACAUUUUAUUUAACACUGAUUUCUAUGAUAACAGGUUCACUCUGUGUGCUUUCAAGAGAUCGCAACUUAUUUAUCUAAGUUGAUAUCAGCGCUGGCUUUCCCAGGAGAAUAAUUAAUUCAGGCCUUUUAUUUUGAAAUCUUGAGAAAUUAUCUCAUUAUCAAAGGAAAACCUGUGAUUGUAACCCCAAAAUCAGGAGAUGAAUAAGUUGAGAUCUCUUGAAAGCAACAGAAAUAACUUGUUAUCACGGGUAGACUGAGAUUAAUAAAAUGUAUGGAAGUGUGUCCGCUACGGAAGCCCGAUUGUGACAUACAUCAGCACUUUUUAUUCAACACCGAUUUCUCUGUUUUCUCGAGAUCACAACUUAUUUAUCUCCAGAUUAUAGCACUGGCUUUUGGUGGAAAAACUAUUAAUUUAGGCCUUUUAUUUUGAAAUCUCGAGAAAUAAUCUCAUUAUCAUGGUGAAAACCCGUAAAAUCAGGAGAUAAAUAAGUUGAGGUGUCUUGAAAAGAACUAAAACAACUUACAGGUAGACUGAGAAAAAUAGAAUAUAUGGAAGUGUGUCGGCUGAGGGCUUCCGUAGAAAUGUAAGGGCAACGUGUAAAAAAACCAAAACAUCUUUAUGUUAUAAUGUCCUUUUGCAUUUAUGAGAAUUAAAAUGUAUCUCAUGUAGGUAUAAAUUA